AUUCACAUUGCAGCACUAUGUUGAAAUUCUGAGAAAUACACCAUACACGUUUCAUCUGAAACGAAAGUAGACCACGUGACCCCAACACGAAUGUCGACAUUGUUGGUUGUGAUCAACAGCUUCAAGGUGUGUUCGUUGUUUGCUGAAUAUUGAUACGAUGUCCGAGAAUAGAAUACUGCAUCGAUGUGGAGUGUGUGAGGCUCCGUACACGUUCGGUGGACCCGAUCCAUACCUACUUCCUUGCCUACAUUCAGUAUGUCAGACAUGCCAUGAUGCCGACAACACUGACACUAUACGAUGUGGCAUUUGUCAGGAGGGCUUCAAGAGGAAUGAUGUUGGCGACACUAAGGAUGUUGUAACAACAAAACAGGUGUUGUUGGCAACCAUUCAAAACAACGCUGGGGCGGUUUUAUGCACCAAUAACAACGAUGGCAAUCAAGCCAUGUCCUGGUGCCAGGAGUGUGAAGUGUUUCUGUGUGAACACUGUCAGGUUUCCCAUGAAGAUUCGAAGGUGACCCGAAAUCAUCACGUUGUAGCCUUGUCUGAACUGACGUGUAACUUUAAGGGGUACACCCCUCAAACAAAGUAUUGUAAAAUUCAUGCUCAGUAUAUCGAGGAGCUUUUUGAUGAGAACUGUGGUAUCAUUUUAUGUGCAAUGUGUGUUUUAACACAUCACAAAACCUGUAGUACGACUACAAUAAUAAACGAUGAUCCAGCGGUAAACACCCUCAAGGAAGGUAUUGUGAAUGUUUCAAAAAGGCUUAGUCUUGUCAAAGAUUUAGAAGGCAAAGUUGAUGGUCUUGAAUUGGACAUUGAGCGUAAUGCUCAAGACCUUAAAGAACAGAUAAAACAUACAUUUGGGCAUCUCAGGAGUGUUUUAGACCAGAGAGAAAAUGAGGUAUUACUGGCAUUAGAAAAGUGCAAAGAAGCAGAGAAGGCCUCAAAUGCGUCUCUUCGGAAGUUACUUCAACAUGAAGAUUCUACAUGUGAAACUUUGUUACAUUUUAUCCAGAGCUGUCUUGAACUGUGUGCUCCAACUGAAGUCCUUUCCUUGAAGAAGACAAUAAAAACCAAGAUAAUUGCUAGCAGUGCCACACAAUUACCACAACGUAUCCGCCCAAAGUCCUCAAUCACAUUUUCAAAAAUGGGGCUUCGAGAUUUGAUACACACAAUGACUACAUUUGGAAAUACAUGGACUGCUUACUCUGAUUCUGAGGCCGAUGGUUUCCAAAGAAAAGCAACCUACGUAUCAAAGAUUGGUGCCAAACCGGAAGAUACAUCUCUAGCUAAGGCGAACAGUCCCCAGCCAGACUCUGUGGAACAUCAUCCUUCUGGACAGAUACCACAGGUUCAGGUUCCGAAUCUUGUGAACAGGGCUGUUCCAUCUUCUAAAUGUGUUUUCCAAGGAAAGGCAACCGACAUAUCAAUAAUUGGUGCCAAGCAGGAAGGAAUUGUUAAAGUGGUUUGUUUUGGUGCCAAGAGGGAUGGCUGGGUAAGGAUGGAGAACCUAGCAGAGAACCAGAUACUCCUGAACCAUGAUAUUAAUACACUGAGGCUGGUGGCAACCCGAUUCAACCCGCAGCAGGUCAAAUGGAAGAGACCUCAUCAUGAAAUGAAGGGAGGGGAGACAGUUACCCUACAUUUUGAUAAUGUUGAACUUGCUCAGAAAUUAAACUUGAUUAUUAAGAAAAUUCAGGAUGCAGGGAAAAUAUCUGAAGCUAUUUCACAACCAAAACCAGUUUUGGCAACUUCACCGUCCACCUUCACUGUUAAAACUACCACAACGCAGGCCCCUAGAGUAUCUAUCCCUGGGUUUACAUUUACACAAACCAAAUCCACGACUCCCAAAGCACCAGUUAAAACUGAUGCCAUGAAGAAAGGCACAGGAGAUGGGCCCUCAUGUGCUUCAACAGUUAGCUCUGUUUUUACUCUUGGACAAAACACUGGAAGCCCCAUGCCCAGUUUUUCCAACGUUGCUGCCAAUAAUUCAGCAACAGGAUUCCCCGGAUUAAAAACACGUCAGCACUCGUUUAAGACAACCCCAAGCAAGGGAGAAGAUGAGGAUAAGAUUGAGGGAUAUAAACUCAAUGUUGACGUCAAGCCUGUUAUUGAUCUGCCGGACUUACUGGAGAUGAAGACGGGGGAGGAGGAUGAAGAGAAGGUGUUCGGGGAGAGGGCCAGGCUGUUUAGGUUUGAUGCUGAUACCAAUCGGUGGAAGGAAAGGGGAAUCGGUGAGGUGAAGAUUCUGUUCAAUAAGGCUGCCAAACGUUACCGAAUUCUGAUGAGACGUGAGCAAGUUUUGAAGAUUUGUGCUAAUCACAACAUAACCAAAGACAUGAAACUGACACCAAUGACCGGCUCUGACAGAAUUUGGUGGUGGUCAGCAAUGGAUUUUGCAGAGGAGGAAAGGAAAAUGGAAAAGUUGGCCAUCAGGUUUAUGACUCCAGAAUUGGCUGGUCAGUUCAAAGAAUGUUUUGAGAAAUCCCAGGAUAUGAUAGAAGACUCGCCAGUGAAACCAGUACCAGAAGCUAUUGGAAGCAGUGAAGUAGCUCAGACAAAAGAGGAUCCUAAAGGAAAGAAGUCAUUAGCAGACAUGUUCAAACCUAAAACUGGAAGCUGGAAAUGCGAGGGAUGCUACUGUGUGAACAAGGGUGAGCAACUGAAAUGUCCAGCAUGUAACACAAUCAAGCCAGGCGCUGAAGAGGAAGUUAAGAAAGCUGAAACAACCAAACCUGCACCAGAUAUUUCCAGUGGAGGCUUUCAGAUUGGUGAAGGAGGAUUCCAGAUUGGUGGAGCAACAGGAGGAGGAGGGUUCGGUUUUGGAAAGAAGCAAGAAGGCGGAAGAUUUGGUUUGGGCUCUGCAACGUCUGGUGGUGGAUUUUCAUUUCCUACAAAGCCAACACAAAGUGCUGAAGACUCUCCAAAGAAAAUUGCAGUUGAUUCAGGUAAAGAGGCUGCUAAAAACAUCCUGAAGUCAGAUGCAUCCACGAUAGGUCCUGGAGGAUUUAGUUUUGGAGGAGGUGGAUUCAAGUUGGAUGGUGUUGGUAGUGAUGGAUUCAGUUUCUCACCCAAGCCAUCCACUCCAGCAACCCCAGCUAAAAGUGAGCCAGCUGAUUCUACCACUGGAGGCCUCCUGGCUGAGAUGCUGCUACCUCAUGAUCCCCUGUCUAAGACUGCAACCAGGUUUUGCUUUGCUCCCAAAUCAUCAGGAUUCAAAUUUGCAGCUGAUUCUGCCAAGAAGGAUGGAUCUGGAGUCUUCCAGUUUAAUCUCGGAAAGGUCUCAACUCCAGUGAAGAGCCAAGAUAAGAAAGAAAGCAGCUCCCCAUUUCAGUUCACAUUCAGCCUUACCCCAUCAAAGACUCCUCAAGCCAAGGCCUCUGUGACGUCCCCCAAAUCUCCAGAAGGGGACUACUAUUUUAAACCUAUUGUGUCUUUACCUGACAAAGUUGAUGUGAAGACUGGGGAAGAGGAGGAAAUAACCCGUUUUGAACAGAGGGCAAAGCUCUUCAGGUUCAGUGAGGGUGAGUGGAAGGAGAGAGGUCUUGGCACAAUGAAGAUCCUGGAACACAAAUCCUCUCACCGCUACCGAUUGCUGAUGAGGCGUGAACAGAUCUACAAAGUCUGCUGCAACCACGUCAUCAACCCUGAGCUGGAACUCAAGCCUAUGGCCUCAGGUGAUGGGAAGUCAUGGGUUUGGUAUGCUAAGGACUUCUCAGAAGAGGAGGGCAAGGUGGAACAACUGGCUAUCAAGUUUAAGAACGAGGAGAUAGCUGACAAAUUCAAGAAGGAGUUCGAUUCUGGCAAAUGUGGUGAAAAACGUGCUUCUGCAGCUGCUACAGAAGAUGUGUCAGCCAAACAGUUUGAGGUUGAAGCUCUGAUGACAAGCUCAACCAAUCAGGUUUCUGGUGAUAGUGGCAAUCCUUAUUACAAAGAUGAGCUUGAGAACCUAAUCAUAGAGCCCUUACAGACCAGUAGUUCUAGUCAGCCAUCAGGGGAUGAGGGCAGUCCUUACUAUAAGGAAAGACUGGAUACAUCUGGGGUUGAGGAACAUAUGUCUUCUGCGAGUGUUCAAGGAAUUGGGGACAAGGGAAACCCAUAUUACAAAGCAGACAUUGAGAAAACGAGUGCAGAAUCUUUUAUGACUAGCACCAGUGUACAAGGAACAGGUGAUGGAGGUAACCCGUAUUAUGUACAGCAUCUUGAUGACUCUGAGAUAGUGGAAGAAAUGGCAGCUACAACUGUACAUGGUACUGGUGACAGGGGAAAUCCAUAUUAUAAAUCUGGGCUAGAUGUGUUCAGUGUGGAGUCUUCGAUGACCAGAUCGAACAUUGAAGGUCAAGGUGACAAGGGCAAUCCAUAUUAUAAGGCUGAGCUAGAAAAAUCAGGAGUUGAAUCCCAGAUGACAAGUAUGGACAUUCAGGGUACUGGAAACAAGGGCAACCCAUAUUACAAGGCUCAGGUAGAGGAAGCAAGUGUAGAAUCCCAGAUGGAAGCUGCAAAUAUACAAGGUACUGGAGACAAAGGCAAUCCUUAUCAUACAGCAAAGUUUGGACAGGCUGCUGUCAUAGAAUCCAUGUCAGCCACCAAAGUUGCACAUGGUACUGGUGGUGAGGGCAAUCCCUACUACAGGUCUGAACUGGACAGACUUAUGGAUGAGUCCCUUCUGUCUAGCGCCAGCUAUGAAGAAACAGGUGAUGAAGGCAAUCGUUACUAUUCAUCCCAGCUUGACCAGACGGGUGUAAAGCCAGUGAUACAGAGCAGUAGCACCCAGAGGACCGGGGGCAAGGGCAACCAUUACCACACAGAACACUUGGACAGCUCAGUGGUUGUGGAGACUGUCACAUCCAUCACAGUCAGUCAGGCCACCGGGGAGGAUGGCAACCCUUACUAUAGCUCUGAACUGGACGAGUUGAUAGAUGAACCAAAGAUGACAUAUUCUAGCAGUCAGGGGACUGGUAACCUUGGCAACCCUUACUACUCCUCCAAGCUGAAUGACACUUCAGGUGUGGAGUUCCUGUAUGUGGAGGAGGCUACAGAGGAACAGACGGCCAGAGCCAGGAAGUACCUGUUGCCCGAGUCCUUCUACCUCUAUGAAAACAAACCCCCUUGUCCAGGCUGUAUUGGCUGUGAGGACUAUGACCCCAGCAAAGUCAGCGUGCCCAGCAAGGUCAAAGCCAAAUCAAAAUCUGAGGAGACAAGUCCUGCGCCAACAAGAGCGUCAGUUCAAGUUUCAAGCAGUGCUGGUAGUGUUGCAGGCAGUACUGGUGCCAGUGAAGGGUUCUGCAUGUUUGGCCAGGCUUCAGGGAUGUCCUUCUCUACCCUAGUUGCACAGGGAGAAGCAGUUGGUUAUGCUUUCAAGAAAGAUGAGAACCGACCAUUCCAGUGGUCAGGAGCAGGUCAGCAGAUCUUUGGGACUGCCCCAGGAGGCAACAGGACCAAUGUUGAUGAUGAUGAGGUUGUGCAGAGUGAUGACAUUUACUUUAAGCCCAUCAUUGACCUUCCAGAACUAGUUGAAGUCAAAACAGGGGAAGAAGGUUGGGAGGUGGUGUACUGCCAGAGAUCGAAGCUGUUCCGAUAUGUGCGGGAUUCCAACCAGUGGAAGGAGAGAGCUGUGGGAGACAUGAAGAUCCUCAAACAAGAUGAUAAAUACCGAUUGCUGAUGAGGCGAGAUCAAGUACACAAAGUAGCAUGUAAUCAUCUGAUAGCUGGCAAUAUGACUCUGUCUCCCAUGUCAACGUCAGAGACAGCCUGGUGCUGGACUGCUCAAGACUAUGCUGAGAACGAGGCCAAGGUUGAACAGUUUGCCCUCAGGUUCAAGACAGAGGAGCUGGCCAGACAGUUCAAGAAGAAGUUUGAGGAGGUUCAGGAGCUGGUCAGGGCAACGGAAUCUGGAACUGAUGUACUUCCAGCAUCCCCAGCCAAGAAUACCAACAACUCCAAAAGCCAGGACGUCUCUGUGACAGAGGAGGAGGAGGAGGAGGAGGAGGAGGAGGAGGAAGAUGACGAUUCUGAGGACGUCUAUGUGACAGGGGAUGAGGAUGAGGAAGAAGAUGACGAUUCUGAGGAAGAAAGCAUCAUGUUUGAGAAGAGAGCUACGUUGACUUAUUUUGAGAAUGAUGAGUGGAAGAAACUUGGAAUGGGCAACUUGAAGAUUCUGUACAAUGAUGAACUGGACGGAAACCAGAUUGACAUGGAGACAGAUGACAAACAAAAAAUCUGCAACCAUGUCAUUUGUCGCGAACACUCAAUAAAACUAGAGAAUCAGAAGAGAGCCUGUAUGUGGAGUGCCCAAGACUUCUCAACAGACGAGCCAGUCAGGAGGGACUUUAAGGCAGCUUUCAGCUCAGUAGCUGCUGCAGAGGAGUUUGCUAAAUCUUUUAUGGAGGGUGUGAGCUUAGCCCGAGAUUCUGAGUUGUCAGAGAAGAUUUCACAUGAAAUGGAUACACCUGUUAUAUUUUCUCACGGCGAUGCUACGGGAGGUCAAACCCGAAUCUUUGUUAGCCAAUCUGAAGCAAGCUCUGCAACCUCUAUGGGUGGCAGUAGCCAAUGUGAGACAAGGAUACAGCCAGGUGAAAGUGAGGGCAGCCAAUCAGCAGCCUCAUCACAAACAGGGGAGGGUGUGUCAGCCACUGAUGCUUCCUCAGUUGUUUCAUGUUCGCCUGAGCUGUCUGCUCUCUUAAGUUCAUUCUUAGAGGAAGACCAGAAAAGAUGAAGAAAAUGAAGGAUUAGGCAAAUUGAAAUAUAUGUGUGUGCAAAGUGGAAGAGUAAUUCUGGACAAUAAAUGAAAGGUUUUGUUGCCACCUGACAGACCUGGUGAACAAAUUGUUUUUUAGUUGCUUGGCAACCCCAUGUCCAUACUUAGUUGCCAUGCAGUAAUGACAUCACAAAUCAUGAAAUUUGGUUCCUGUGUCCAUACAUGUGUGCGGAAUAUUUUGAACCUGAACUUGCAGGCAUUUUGCCCUUGCUGUACAUGAUGAAAAAGGCGAAUUAUUUAAAGAUUAUUGUCUCACAGUGUUAUUACAUCAGUGUCAUUAAUAUGAACAAUUAGAUUAGCAAGAUGGUAUUAUUUCCAAGGAUUCCUUUGUCAUCUUUUAUAGAAGUGCAUUUCAUGUUUCAUCAAAAUGACAUAGUGCUAAUUCAAGAAUGGUAGAUCUAGCUAAGCUUCUGAAUUUCACACAUCAUACAAGUAAUUCAUGGAAUUUUCUGUUGUAAAUAUCAGGUCAGCAUCCUCAUCAACAUUCAUCCACCAUAUGUAUUGCAUGAAAGAACAUUGUUGUAAAUACAUGAAUAAAUAUCCCUGUUGUUACUGUUUACUGAA